CGCGCUGCGCUGCGGUGCGGAGCGGCGGGGCCGAAGCGGAACGGAACGGAAGGGGGUGAGGAAGCGAGGCCGGAGCCAGGGAGAGAAGCCGGGGUCGCUGCUGUGUCCGCGGCGGCGCGGUCGGCCCGGCGGCAGCCCGUCCUGCGAUGCCCCAGCGUGCCUGAGGCCCGGACGACGCAGGGAUGGAGCUGAAGGUCUGGGUGGAUGGGAUCCAGAGGGUCGUCUGCGGCGUCUCGGAGCAAACCACCUGCCAAGAAGUGGUCAUCGCCUUGGCUCGCGCCAUGGGUCAGACCGGCCGCUACGUGCUGGUGCAGAGGCUGCGGGAGAAGGAGCGGCAGCUGCUGCCCCUGGAGUGCCCCCUGGAGUCGCUGGCCAAGUGUGGGCAGUAUGCCAACGACGUGCAGUUCGUCCUGCGGCGCACCGGCCCCAGCGUGGUGGAGAGACCCUCCUCGGAGGGCGCCCCCCAGGCCCCCGAGAGGACGUUCAUCCGCGCCAGCCUGCCCAUCAAGCCCCGGCUGGCGGGCACGGACCCGCCCCGCUGCCGGGAGCCCAGGAAAUCCAUGACCUUCAACUUGGGCCCCGCGGGCUCCGCCGACCUCCUGGCCAUGACCCGCUGGCGGCACCAAACCCGGGAGGGGCUGGAGCUGGAGGGCGGGGGGGGGGCGCAGCCCUCCAAGGAAGAGCUGUUCCGGAGGGUGCUGCGGCAGCAGGAGCAGCUGCACUCCCUGGAGGCCCAGGGGGACAGCCUGGAGACCGACCUGCGGCUCUGGGAGCGCGAGCGGGCGGGCGGCCAGGGGCCGGAGCAGGAGGAGGAGGAGGAGGUGGAGGAGAUCCUCUACCUGGAGCAGCUGGUGCGGAGGAACGAGACGGAGCUGGGCCAGGAGGAGUUCUGGCAGAGCGAGCUGCAGCUGGAGCAGGAGCGCGAGCGGGAGCGGCAGCAGCGCGUCCGCAGCCUGCGUGCCAGCCUGCAGGACUACACCCAGCGCAUCGGCCAGCUGGGCGCCCGCACCCAGGCCCUGCAGGAGCAGAUCCGCUGGGAAAUGGCCGAGAGGGCCAAGAGGGGCAAGGAGCCCCCCGCGCCCGGCCCGGCCGAGCUGGAGGACAUGGCUGCCAAGAUGAAAAGGGACCUGGAGGCCAAGGUCAAGCAAAGCACCCAGCUGGAGAGCAGCCUGGCCAGCGUGGAGAAGGCCCUGGAGGAAGCGGAGAGGAACCUGCAGGCCCAGACCCAGGAGCUGGAGGAGUUAAACAAGGAGCUGAGGCAGUGCAACCUGCAGCAGUUCAUCCAGCAGACAGGGGCCACGGUCACCGUCCUGCAGGCCAGGCCCGACCAGGAUGCCCAGCCGGAGCCUGGCGCGCGCCAGCUGCCAGCCUGCUGGAGAAAUGGAGGCUUCCCUCCCAGCCCGGGCACCGACUCGCCGCCCCGGGCCGGUGCCAAGCAGCUCCUCAGCCAUCCCAGGACCCUGCCGGAGCCCCUGGUGCCCAGCCUCAACCCCGAGGGUGCGUACAGCUAUGGGCCCUGGCACGGGAACAUCUCCAGUGAGAGGCUGGCCAUCUCCUGGAUGAAACAUGGCAGCACUUUAAUAAUGCACAGCAGCAGCACAGAGCAUUCCAGGCCAGGAGAGUGGCUGCAGCAGAGGUGA